CAAUCAAACCCAACCCAACCCAACCCAACCCAUUUGCCAGACUCCUCCAUCGUCGGUUGGUUCUACGCCUCUCUCUCUCUCUCUCUCCAUCUUCAGGAAGGCAUUUGAGCAGCUGAUCCAGAGCUUGCUUCCCGAUUUUGGCGGAGCUAUGAAUGGUUGUUUUCUAACAAGAAUGGCUUGAUUUUUGGACUUUCUUCCUUCGGAUCUACCUUCAUACUUACUGUCCAAAGUUAGUUUCAGUGCUUUCCCGUGAAUUGUUGUCAUCUCUCAUCCGAUGAGGAGUCUGGAUCCAUCUUGUUGGCUCUGGAUCUCUGCAGCAUCUCUCUUCCUGGCCUCCGUGCUACAUUUAAUCUCAGCUGCGGAUUAUAAUCCAACGGAUAGAAUUCUCCUAAACUGUGGGGCGUCCCCUCAAACUACUGAUACUGAUGGCCGCAAAUGGACCUCCGAUAUUGGGUCAAAGUUCGCAUCUGCAGGUGGGAGUUCCUCAACAUCUACUGCUGCCACCCAAGAUCCUUCUGUUCCCGAAGUCCCUUACAUGACCGCUCGGAUUCUCCAAUCUGAGUACACCUAUAGUUUUCCUGUGGCCUCUGGUCGUAAAUUUGUCCGGCUCUACUUCUAUCCCGCUUCUUACUCGGGGCGAAAUGCCUCAAAUGCCAUCUUUUCGGUUGCUGCUGGCCCAUAUACCCUUCUCAAAAACUUCAGUGCUGCCCAAACAACUGCAGCUCUCAACUUUGCUUUUAUUGUGAAAGAGUAUUCUGUCAACGUGCCGGAUGAUAUCUUGAACAUAACUCUCAAACCUUCUCCAACUCCAAAUUCUUAUGCUUUCAUCAAUGGAAUUGAGGUUGUAUCAAUGCCUGACAUUUACAAUACUGUCGAUGGUUCUGCAUUGCUUGUUGGGCAACCUACAACAUUUCUUAUAGAUAACACUACUGCUCUUGAAAAUGUUUACCGGUUGAAUGUGGGUGGAAAAGACAUUUCUCCCUCAGGUGAUACUGGGAUGUUUAGGUCCUGGUACGAUGAUUCGCCUUACCUUUUUGGUGCAGCAUAUGGGGUUACUGGAGGUAUUAGUCCAAACGUGACAAUUGAGUACCCUUCGAGUAUGCCUACUUACAUUGCACCAGUUGAUGUGUAUUCCACUGCUAGAUCAAUGGGUCCAGACCAGAGCGUCAACCGGAAUUAUAAUUUAAGUUGGAUCUUCACUGUGGACUCGGGAUUCUUUUACUUGGUUAGGCUGCAUUUCUGUGAGAUUGAAGGAAACAUAACAAAAAUUAAUCAGGUAGUAUUCGACAUCUUCAUUAAUAACCAAACUGCUCAGAGUGCAGCAGAUGUGAUUGCCUGGGCAGGACAUAAUGGAGUUCCAUUUUAUAAGGAUUUCGUCGUCCAGGUUCCUUCCGGGGCUCCACAACAGGAUCUUUGGCUUGCUUUGCAUCCGAACGUUGCCUCAAAGUCCCAGUAUUAUGAUGCACUUUUGAAUGGAGUGGAGAUAUUUAAAGCAAAUGAUACUUCUGGAAAUCUUGGCGGUCCUAAUCCAGUUCCAGCUCCAAAACAAGACAAAAUUGACCCUUCCGAGGCUUUUCACCCCUCAAGGUCAAGUCAGUCUAAUGGUCAGAAGGCAAUCAUUGGUGGAAGUGUUGGCGGUGGCAUUGCGUUGGUCAUUCUUGUUGGUUUAUUAGUUUGUGCUGUUUCUCGUCGCCGGAUACAGGGGAAGUACUCAAGUCCAAGUGAUGGGCCAUCUGGGUGGCUCCCUCUUUCUUUAUAUGGACAUUCACACUCCGCUGGCUCUGCAAAGACUAACACCACAGGGAGCUAUGCCUCCUCCCUCCCAUCAAACCUUUGCCGCCACUUUUCAUUUGCUGAAAUCAAGGCUGCCACGAACAAUUUUGAUGAAGCUCUACUCCUUGGGGUGGGAGGUUUUGGCAAAGUUUACAAGGGAGAAAUCGAUGGUGGAACAACUAAGGUUGCAAUUAAGCGUGGGAAUCCCCUCGCUGAACAAGGUGUUCAUGAAUUCCAAACUGAAAUAGAAAUGCUCUCGAAGCUUCGGCACCGUCACCUUGUUUCGCUGAUUGGUUAUUGUGAAGAGAAUUGCGAAAUGAUCCUUGUCUAUGAUUACAUGGCUCAUGGAACCCUUAGAGAGCAUUUAUACAAGACCAAUAAGCCUCCCUUGCCAUGGAAACAGAGGCUUGAGAUAUGCAUUGGAGCUGCUCGUGGAUUACAUUACCUUCACACUGGCGCCAAGCACACUAUCAUCCACCGGGAUGUUAAGACAACUAACAUCCUAUUAGACGAGAAGUGGGUGGCCAAGGUUUCUGAUUUUGGAUUGUCAAAGACAGGUCCUACAUUGGAUCACACUCAUGUCAGCACUGUUGUAAAGGGUAGCUUUGGGUACUUGGAUCCUGAGUACUUCAGGAGACAGCAGCUGACUGAAAAAUCUGAUGUUUACUCGUUUGGGGUGGUACUCUUUGAGAUCUUGUGUGCUCGGCCAGCUUUGAACCCAACGCUUCCAAAGGAACAGGUGAGUUUGGCAGAGUGGGCUUUACAUUGCCAGAAGAAGGGAAUUCUUGAUCAGAUUAGUGACCCAUAUCUGAAGGGGAAGAUAGCACCCGAGUGCUUCAAAAAGUUUGCUGAGACUGCAAUGAAGUGUGUGGCAGAUCAGGGAAUUGAUAGGCCAUCAAUGGGUGAUGUGCUGUGGAACCUUGAGUUUGCUCUACAACUGCAGGAGAGUGCAGAGGAGACUGGCAAGGGCCUUGGUGGAGUGGACAUUGAGGAAGGAUUUGAUGUAGCCUGCAAAGGGAAGAAGGAUCCAGAUGCAUCUCCUGGUUUUGAUGGUAACGUGACGGAUUCAAGGAGCAGCGGGAUGUCUAUGAGCAUAGGCGGCCGGAGCCUAGCCAGUGAAGAUUCUGAUGGAUUGACACCCAGUGCUGUAUUCUCACAGAUUAUGAACCCAAAAGGACGUUGAGAUCAAAAACUGAAGUGUUUCUGGCUGGAUGCUGAUUUCUACUGAAGGCAGUGUGCUUUGCGAUGUUUGUCAACCACCGAAGUAAAUUUUCUUAAUGUUUCUUCUCUUGCGCAUUUACUUGCCGUUUAUCAUUUUGGGGUCGUUAUAUAUGUUUUGGUCAAAACCACGGUAAGAAAUAUAUCUGGAAUUACACGAAGGGUGUGAAAAUAAUUUAUUGUAAUUGGUAUUUUAUUUAGAUGCUAUUUAUUCA